AUGGCUUCUUCGCCUUUGUGGCUCGAUGAAUCUGCGCCGGGCGUCAAGAAGGCCAACACGGCCAAGGACACAAAGGCUUUCCAUGUCGCCCAGUCCGUCUCCUUUGCCGACAACGUCAAGUUCGACCGGAUCCACCAGUACGUCGUCUUCGACAACAUCGCCAGUGGCUCCUGGGAUUGUCAGCUCAUGGUCUCUUGGCCAUCUGCUGCCGCCUUGAAAAUGUCUUCCGCCUCCAGGUUUGGUACCUCCGGCUCGUCCGCCAUCAGCCUCGACGUGUACAGUGCUUCCUACAAUGCUUCCUCCCUUCAUUCUCACUCCAAGCCCAAGGGCUCCAAGGUCGGCACACCUGAGGACUCGCCUUUCGCAACCUGGCAAUCGAUGACGAACGCCAUGAGGGCUCAGGACGGCACGGACGAUCACUCCACCAAAGGUAAUUCUCAGAAGACCCACGACAAGGGCGAUGGGGUCUCCGUGACAUUGACACCCUUCGGUACCGUUGGUGUCAACCCCGGUGAAUAUGGAGUGACCAUCAACUCAAGAGCUUGCCCACAGGCCGGCGAAGAUGGUACUCUGCAAUUCUUGUUUGAGAUACCCAACACCGAUCCCCGUAAUGCGAGUGUUGGUUUCUUGGGAAGCGCAGAAAAGGGUGCUGGCGUCUACUUGCUCGCCAAUUGCUAG